GAGAGGGGAAAAAAAGCAACACAGAACACAGGCAGUCAGUGAGUGAAGGAACAGCUGAUGAAACUUGCUUCUACCAGAGAUUAUUGUGGACUCGCAAUCUUAUGCAAAAAGUAGAAUGCUGCAGAAUUGGAAAGGUUAGAAGUUUGUGUGGGAUCAGGGAGACUGUGUGCAUUUUUUUUUAAUAUUAUUAAUAAUAAUAAUAAUAACAAUCCAGUUUCGUUUGCAAUGAGAAGGAACAUCGUUACUCAACCAGACAACGUCAGCCUGAAUCUGUGAAAUCAACCCACAGAGACACAGAGAGAGAAAGAGGAGGAAACCUGGAAAAAAAAAAGGGAAAGAUUAAGACUUGUGAAUUGGUGGGUGGGGGGCGUUUGUGGCAGAGCUGGGACUGCACUGGAAGAGAUGCUCUUGUGUGCAUUUUUUGGAAGAGGAUAAAGAAGACAAGAAGGGUUGCAAACGAUUGGGGGGUGGGAUGGGGAUUUCUCUGUUAUUGUGUUCUUUGUGUUUUGUUGCAUUAGGAGCCACAUCAGUGUGUGCGCGUGUUGUGUAAGGAAGAACAAAGUGGUGGGUUAGAGGCUAAGACCAAAUACCCUGUCGGACAAGUGGACACAGAGACAGACCCAGAGAACCCAAGUCGCGAUUGUCAGAGCAAUAAUCUGGCUCUUGACCCGUAUUAUGUCUGCGCUUCGCAGAAAAUUCGGCGACGACUACCAAGUGGUGACCACCUUAUCGAGUGGCCCUGGAUUCAACCAGCCGCCCAAGAAGAAGAGGCAGAGGUUCGUGGACAAGAACGGGCGAUGUAACGUACAGCACGGUAACCUGGGCAGCGAGAACAGCCGCUACCUCUCGGAUCUGUUCACCACUUUAGUGGAUUUGAAAUGGCGCUGGAACCUAUUCAUCUUUAUCCUGACAUACACUGUGGCUUGGCUCUUUAUGGCAUUUAUGUGGUGGGUGAUCGCCUAUAUCAGAGGGGACCUCAAUAAACCUCAUGGUGAGGAUGAUACCCCGUGUGUGGCCAAUGUCUAUAACUUUCCCUCUGCCUUCCUGUUCUUCAUUGAGACGGAGGCCACCAUAGGUUACGGGCACAGGUACAUUACUGACAAGUGCCCAGAGGGCAUCAUUCUCUUUCUCUUUCAGUCCAUCCUGGGCUCCAUCGUGGACGCUUUCUUGAUCGGUUGCAUGUUCAUUAAGAUGUCUCAACCCAAGAAGCGAGCUGAGACGCUGAUGUUCAGCGAACAUGCGGUUAUUUCCAUGAGGGACGGCAAGCUGACUCUGAUGUUCAGAGUGGGAAACCUUCGCAACAGCCAUAUGGUGUCCGCACAGAUGCGUUGUAAAUUGCUCAAAUCUCGACAGACCCCUGAGGGUGAGUUCUUACCCCUCGACCAACUCGAACUGGACGUGGGCUUUAGCACGGGGGCAGACCAGCUUUUCCUCGUCUCCCCGCUCACUAUCUGCCAUGUGAUUGAUCCCAAGAGCCCUUUCUACGACCUCUCCCAGCAGUCCAUGAAAACCGAACAAUUCGAGAUCGUCGUCAUCCUGGAGGGAAUCGUGGAAACGACUGGCAUGACUUGCCAAGCCAGAACAUCAUACACAGAAGAUGAAGUUCUUUGGGGUCAUCGCUUUUACCCUGUUAUUUCUCUGGAGGAAGGGUUCUUCAAAGUAGACUAUUCACAGUUCCAUGGUACAUUUGAAGUACCAACAACACCUUACAGCGUUAAAGAACAAGAGGAAAUGCUGUUGAUAUCAUCUCCUUUGACGGCCCCAGCUCUUAAUAGCAGUAGAGGGGUGAAAACAGAAACAAAUAACUCGGUGGAAUGCUUACAUAGUCUGGAUGAUAUAAGCACCAGGAUGCCACUGAAAUUGCAGAAGAUGACUGGGAGGGAAGAUCUACCAAAAAAAUUACUAAGGAUGAGUUCUACUACGUCAGAAAAGGUUUACAGUUUGGGAGACCUGCCUUUGAAACUGCAAAGAAUCCGUUCUGUUCCUGGGAACUCUGAGGAGAAACUUGUGCCAAAGUCCAGCAAAGUGGCCUCUGACCCAAUGAGCCAGUCUUUGGCUGAUUUGCCACCCAAAUUACAGAGGUUAGCGGGUGGCUCAAGGAUUGAGGGCAAACUUCCUCCCAAACUACGUAAGAUGAAUUCUGAACGCUUCACGUAACUUCAGGAAACCUUUCAACGGACAUUCAACUUUCAUUUUUGAUCAAAAGAAAUGCUACUGUAAUUUCAAGGAGUUUAAGGGGUCAACACUACUUACUUGUAUUUAUUCUUUACAAAGUAGGGAAACAGUUUAAUUAGCACUACACACAUACACACACAAGCAUUCUGAUCUGUUCAUUUAUCAGCUGUAGUGAACUGUAAUGUUAAUUGCUUUGAUACAGGACCUUUAGCCAUUUUAAACUUAUUGUAAUAUUAGAAUCACAUGGCAUGUAGGAUCAUCAAUAGCAUGCAAUAAUGAUGUGCAAGUUUUGCAUAUAGUUUAAUGGCAUGAUUCAUAUUAAAUUUGUAUUAUUUAUUCAGUAGCAGCAAAAAAAAAGUUUUUUAAAAAAGAGGCUUUUGCUGUCCAUUGCAAAAUAGGGUUUAAAGUCCUGCAGAGUGCAAUCCUGAAUGAGUGUGGGUAUAUUUGAUGGAUUGAUUUUCAUAUGGGUAUAUUUGACGGAUUGAUUUUCAUGGUUUCAAUUAAAAUUAUGACGAUUGUUAUCUUAAAUACUUAUGUAUGUCAGAUUGUAAUAUGUUCUCUUUACACUAGUCCUUUGAAUGCAUGUUUGGCUUACAGAAUUAGCGAAGGCUACAGGCAAUACAAAGAAUUCUUGGCUCAGAAGGUUUUAGCCUUAAAUAAUCUUCCUGUUUUUGUGUUUUAAUGGCCUCACUAUUACCAUUUAAUUUUGCUUUAAUUACCAAUGUUACUGUUUCUUGAAGUGUCUUUAGUCAAUGAAGGUGGAGGUAAAGGCAAGCACUGGGGACAGUGGAUAUAGUAAUGGUAAAGUAAACUAUGGUAACAAGUCUGCACAGCAGGUCUGUGUUUAAUCAUCUCAAAUAACACUAUUUCCCUUCAGCCUGCAUCAUAUUACGGACUGUAUAAAGUCAAACAUGUUACCAAACCAAUAGUAUCUUCAGGCAUGCAAACCUUAUGUGUAUAAACACAAGUUUAUUUGAAAUACUAAGGAAAUAUCGAAUACCUGUAUUUAUUCCUGCUGCAACCUCAGUUUUUAGCUGAAGCUAUAUUAAACUUUUCAACUGUU